GCUCUGCAUAUAGCCGCAUCCAUGCAUCACUUUUUUUUUGAACACCAUAUCAAUAUAUUUAUAGCACGAUUUACAACCAAAGCAGAUCUACAUCUCUUCUUGUUUCAGUAAAUCUAUCACUAACAAUCAAUCAGAUUAAAUUCAAGCAUUGUUUGGAUUUGCCAUGACUAGUUCAAAGUUGUCUGAUCAUGUUAGAUCAGAGGCAAAGGUGAAUACAUCCUUAAAGGAUAUCACAAGUGAGAUAAAUCUGUUAAGUGUUGAUAGUAGUCGUAGUAAUGGUCCAGAGAAGCCACCUAAUUCAAUUAGGAAUUCUUCAUUAGUUGAUGUUGUAAAGUUAACUUUGACUGAUUUAUUCAAUUUUGCUAAAUUGAAAGCUCAUCAACAAACUUCAUCACUUUUAGAAUUAAUUCAAUUCUAUAUUUAUCAUUUUAUUUUAUUAUUUGUAUUUGUUCUUAUCACUAUUUAUAAGAGUAUUCAAACUAGUUAUAGAAAAUUUUUUAUUAAAUUCUAUACUUUGACUUAUUAUCAUAAUAAAUCACCUCAAUUAAUUCGUGAUGAUGUUAAUAAAUUGUCUAAGAUCCCUAAAGUAUUAAGUUGUAUACUUGAUUUGAAGGAUAAAGAUGAUGAAAUGGGAGGUAUUGAUGGAUUAAUUAAUCAAAUUAGUGAAUUGUCAGCUUGGACAAUCAGUGCUGGAAUUCCUUAUUUACAAAUAUAUGAAUAUAAUGGAAAAUUACUUGGUAAUAAGCAAUACUUAUCAAAAUUAAAUCACAGUAUUUCCAAGAAUUUAUCUGAAUAUUUUGGUUCAAGUAUAUUACCAAAUUAUUCUAUUAAGAUUCCUCAUCAAAAUUUUAUUAUUUAUGGUCCAAAUAAUAAUUCUAAUUCUGAAAUUGAUUUAACAAUUCUGUUAAUCUCAAGAGUUGAUGGUAAACCAACUAUAGUUGAAUUAACUAAAACUAUGAGUGAAUUGGCUAUUUCAAAUGAAUUAUCAAUUAGGGAUAUUUCUAUUGAAUUAGUAGAUGAAGAAUUAAUUGAAUUAGUUGGUCCUGAACCUGAUUUGUUAAUCUAUUUUGGUCCAAAUUUAGAUUUGCAAGAUUUCCCUCCUUGGCAUAUUAGAUUAACUGAAAUUUAUUGGGAACCUGAUAAUUAUGAUGUUAAUUAUCUGAUUUUAAUCAGAGCUUUACAAAAGUAUUCGAAUUGUACUGUUAAUGUUGGUAAGUAAAUUUACUACUGGUUUGCUAAAAUUUUGCUUCUUAUUACUAUAAUUAAUUAUUCAAAUUAUGAUUAUAUCCAUUCUUUAAUGAGAUAUAGCUAAUCUAGCUGCUCAUAUUGCUAAUAUUAUUCCUUAAUGAAACUAAUGCUAUUUAUAUACGUCCUAAUUUAUAGAGUUUAUUAAUAAACGUCACGAUAAUAUGUGAUAUAUAUUCGUAGAGAUUCCCUCUAGUCAGUCAGUCACCAUCGUCGUUCAUAG